UGACGGGAUGCUGUUUGUUUGUAUUAUUAUUAUUGUUCUAUGGUGAUACGGGAAUACGAAUCGAUAUGAUCAAUUUUAAGGUAUUUAUGCGUCGUGGUGUGGUUGUGCGAUGGUCCUUUGCGGACUCGCUCGUCUUGAAUGUAUUGUUUUUUUUUUCGAUCGGCAUACGAGGACAACCACAUCUGGAGAAGUACAUCGUAUUGCGCAGUGCGUAUCUCAGAUCCACUGGUCGAUAUGAUAUUUCAGCCUGCUGUCCCUAUCCAUAUAUAUCUACAUCGUCGUAUAGGCACCACAAUCGCCCCCCACUAUCUCUCCCAGAAACCCAAGCCUCCAGUGCCAUCAUCUAUCUACACGAGUCUCCAAUACUCGCGCGCAUGUCACCGUACCAGGGUGCAACAUGUGGCAAUGUACGGAGUCCGACGACACCCUCUAAAAGCAAAAGCCUCCGACCUCACCAACACCCAAGCGAGGCCUCUAGAAGCUGAUUGGCGGGAACCUCUACACAAUAAUCUAAACGGGGGCUAACUAAGCAGGCUGAAACAUCCAACACAACCCUUUUUCCGUCAGCACGAUACUGCAAACCAUCAAGUGGGAGAAAUGAUUCCAUAUUGCGAUUGUAUUCUCCUAGGCUGACGCCAUUUCCUGUCAGGUUGUGGAGAAUAGAUCGAUAGAGUACUUACAGGGUGGCUCUUCACCCGCCAAUCAUCACGAGUUUGAGGCCUCGGAGAAUUAGUACACUCAGCGUCGAAAUAGUUUGUUAUUGAGUCGUUCGACGCUUGU